UCCAACACAACCAAUCGUCACUCUCUUACCCAAGCCAUGGCAACAGAAAUUGGGUCAAAAAACGCCCGAGACGUGAACAUGGAGGACACUGCCGGAUCCGCCGACAAUACCGAACCGGCCUUCGUGGCCAAUGGCAAGCGAAAAGCCGAGGAUGAGCUCGAGCGCACUGGCAAAAAGACCUCCCCGGCCAGCGGCGACGACGAAGAGCCCUCAAUCGAGGAGUCGACAACAGCUCACGAGGCGAAUGUUGAGGCGGCUGCGGACAAGCCCAUAUCCAAGAAUCAGCUCAAGCGCUUGAGACGACAGCAGCAGUGGGAAGCAUACAAGGAGGACCGCAAGGCGAAGCGCAAAGACAAGCGGCAUGAGCGCCAGGCGAGAAAGCGCGCGGAAAAGGAAGCCAAACUCGCCGAGGCCGAGGCAGCCGGCAUUGACCCGGCCACAGUGCUGCAGACAACAACAAAAGAGCCGUGGAAAUACCGCCCGGUACCCGUCGCGUUCAUUAUCGACUGCGACUUUGAGCAAUACAUGCACGAACCCGAGAUCGUCUCGCUGUCGAGUCAGAUUGUGCGGUCCUACGCCAUGAAUCGCAAGUCCAAGUACCAGGCCAGUCUGCACAUCAGUUCGUGGAAGGGCAAGCUCAAGAGCCGCUUCGAGACGGUGCUCAAAAACACCCACGAGAACUGGAAGAACGUCUGCAUCCACGAGGGUGAUUUCCUGGAGGCUGCGAGACACGCACACGAACAAAUGACUGGCCCGCACGGCGGCGAAGUGAUCGAUCUGGUCAAACCCUGCGAGGGCAAUCCGGCAACUGCCCCUGAUUCUGGCACUGCGGAAGACCCAUCUGCUGUGCCCGAGCCCGAGCCCGAGGAUGUUGACCGCUCGGUUGUCUAUCUCACCUCGGAUUCACCCUAUACGCUUGAACGGCUGGAAGCGAACACAAGCUAUGUAAUAGGCGGGUUAGUGGACAGGAACAGGGAAAAGGGCCUCUGUUACAAGCGCGCUAGGGAAUACAAAGUCCGGACCGCCAAGUUGCCGAUCGGCGAGUACAUGGCAAUGCAGAGCCGCUACGUCUUGACUACCAACCAAGUGGUGGAGAUUAUGGCCAAGUGGUUGGAGUGCGGUGACUGGGGGAAGGCGUUUAUGGAUGUGAUUCCGAAACGCAAAGGUGGCUCCCUAAAGAGUCGUGACUCCUCAGAGGCAGUAACGCGAGACGAGGAUGGUGCGGAGGAGGAGGAGGAGGCGGAACCGGCUGCUGCGGAAGGGGACCCACGGUCAGAUGGCCAGGGGACAACGUGUGGUGUAGACGGACCGGCCGCUUCGCAGGAAGGUGCGUCGCAAUAGCAAAGGAAGCUGUCUCUCAAGCGGGACAGUAUGUAAAAAUAUAAAAUAUAUGCAAGAUACCCAUAAUCCGAUAUACAU